AUGGUAUUCACGAAUUUAAAAUUGAUGAUUGCAGCGGGUUUUGUGAUGGAGGGACUACAAUUUGAUCCACAAGAUUAUCAAAACGUGCUGAUGAUCGGCUUAGGAGGUGGAGCUAUUUGCAAUUUUUUUUUGAUGCUGUCAAGUAUCUGA